CCAAAACCACAAAGUAAAAAAACCCCCCCAAAACCACCACAGACGGCCAGGACGACUAGUCGCGGACCGGCCUCGUUUCUCUGGCCCAUCCAGCUGUCCAUCGGUGGCUAUAUUCACCUAAUAUUAUUGCUGCUAUUGCCUCCUGCCCAUAGAGCCUGUCUGUUCUCUCUCUGCUGCUCACCACGCCGCCGCCCCUCUUGCGCCUCCCCCCUCUUUUUGCUUCUAGUCUUGCCUCUGGAGCCUUCAGUCAACCCUCCUCCCUCUGCCCGUCUCGGCCUUGUUUUUGGGUUCCCCUAUUCUUUUCCUAUGGCCACCACAGCCUAACGGCUUUCCUGUCUGUUCAUGGUCCGCUCUCUUCGACCUGCGUCCAGAUCGGAGCCCCAAUCUGGCAGCCAGACUCCCUCUCUCGGCUUCCACCUGUCGGAUAUCGGUUUGUUUGGCCGCAGAAAGAGCAACUCCUCUCGUUCACACUCGCCUUCCCUCCACUCCUUUCGCUCCUCCCGUCCUGACAGUCGUCGCUCGCGCGCCCCCUCGACCACCUCUACCACCCUCACUCCUCCUUCGCUCAAUCCUUCCUCACUCAAUCCCUCCUCGAUCAAUUCCUCGAUCAAUACCAACUCCUGCGCCGGCAGGCCCAUGGCUGGCUUGAUGGAUGUCGACCGCGCUCGCUCGCGCAGAGAGCGGACCUUUGUCGGCAGCGAGUGUUCCGUCUGCGAAGAGCCGCUCGAACACACUCUGCGUGGGGAACGCGUCCUGCAAUUCUCUUGUGGUCAUGUAUCCCAUGAGGCCUGUUUCUAUGAGUAUAUUCGCGAGGUUGAGUCGCAGUACUGUCCAACUUGCAAUGCCCCGCUCGGCCUUGACACCAGUCGGGGGGGGAACGUCUUGGACAUUGAGAAAAUCAGCAAUAUCGUUCGUUCCGUCACCAUGAGUGAUACCGCCACCCAACGUAGCGGUCUCACCACCCCGACCCCCUGGGAUCAACAACCCCGGGGCCGCACGCCCAGUGAGGCCGGCGGCCGCUCCUUCAACACGCGAGAUUCCUACUCUCGUCGCGAUAGUCGCGACACCAGCAGCCAGCGCGAACGAGUUGAGCGGCUGACCGCCGGCUCCCGCCCACCACACUCCCGCACCGGCAGCGAGGCCACCGGCGCCGCCUCCUCCUCGGGCGACUAUAACGAAAGCCAGCACCCCAGCACCGGCGGCCGCCGCCACGACUACGAUGUCCAAGCCAUGGAGUCCGACCUCACCUCGCGCCCGGGCGUCAUGAAGAAUCCCAUCCCCGCCCCCACCGUCACCAUCCGAAGCGAGUUCCCCACCCUCAACCGCUCCCGUCAGCAACAGUCGCUCACCUGCCUUGUCACCGUCGAGGUCCCCGAGGGCAACUGGCGCCCACAUUCCCAGGACCUGCGUCAUGCCCCCCGCGGGCCUGCUCACCCCGACGAUGACUCUCACAGCAGUCUGCGCUCCCCCUUGGCUCCUGAGACCCGCUCCAUCCAGAUCCACUUCGAACCCCCGGAGAACCUGGACGAAAUAGCAGAAGACCUGCGCAAUCGGGUUGACAACUGGCACGGCUUGGAAUUCAACCGAUUCGGCAAGCUCCGGCUGCAUGGCCACAUGCGAGUGGGCAAGGAUCGCGACUCCUGGCAAGAACUAGAAUGUUACCUGUUCGCUGAGAUGCUCAUCUGUGUCAAGGAGAAGAAAAUUGCCGAUUCGAAUCACCAUCAUGGCCAGUACGACGAUCACAGCCGCAAGCACUCCCGCUGUACCCUCAAGGGCUCCAUCCUCAUCAGGAAGCAUCUGAAAAAUGUCGAGGUUUCUGCUGAUGAACCUGUCUUGACCUUGAACCUAUCCGUCAGCGAGCUGCCUUGCUUCUACUUGCGCUUCUCGAACCGUAACCAGCUGGAGAUCUGGCGCCGCGCUCUCCUCAACCACAACGCGCGGGAAAGCCUACCCCGCAACAGCGACUACGACUACGACCAUUCGGGGGCCGAGGAGGAUGAUUACCGGACCGGCAAGGUCAAGCGCCAGGCCUCGUUGAACUCCUCCUACGGGGCGGCCAAGUCCAACAACACCGCUCUCACGGACUACACCAACUCCGCCCGCGAUACCCUGCCGGCCUCUACCAUCCACAUCCCGUUGGACCUUGUGGUUGUUAUCCCCGUCUCUUCGUCGAUGCAGGGGCUGAAGAUCACUCUGCUGCGCGACGCGCUUCGCUUCCUCGUCCAGAACCUCGGCCCCCGGGAUCGUAUGGGUCUCGUCACCUUCGGCUCGAGCGGUGGCGGCGUUCCCCUGGUCGGCAUGACCACCAAAUCCUGGAGUGGAUGGGGCAAAAUCCUCGCUUCCAUCCGGCCCGUGGGGCAGAAAAGCCUGCGCGCCGAUGUCGUCGAGGGUGCCAACGUUGCCAUGGACCUGCUCAUGCAGCGCAAGUCUAACAACCCCAUCUCCACCAUCCUCUUGAUCAGCGACUCGUCGACCUCGGAUCCGGAAAGCGUCGACUUUGUUGUAUCAAGAGCUGAAGCAGCCAAGGUCAACAUCCAUUCAUUCGGCCUGGGUUUAACCCACAAGCCGGAUACGAUGAUCGAGCUCUCCACCCGUACCAAGGGCUCGUAUCUCUACGUCAAGGACUGGAUGAUGCUGCGUGAGUGUGUCGCAGGCUGUCUCGGGGCCCUGCAAUCCACCUCGCACCAGAAUGUCAAGUUGAAGCUACGACUGCCCGAAGGGUCGCCGGCCAAGUUCGUCAAAAUCAGCGGUGCGCUCCACACAACGAAACGGGCGACAGGCCGCGACGCCGAGGCCGCGCUCGGCGAUCUGCGCUUCGGCGACAAGCGCGACAUCCUCGUCCAGCUGGUCAUCCAACCGGACAACACCACGCAGGAAAACGUGCCCCAGGACCCGUGGGAGUCGUUGGUAUCCGGUCUGGAAGCCCUGGGCGGCGGUGUGGACGGCGAUGAGCCGCGCGUGGUCAGCGUCGAGGAGGUCCCGCUGAUCCAGGCGGACCUCACGUACGGUGACUUGCUGCGUGAUGGGCACCUGACACACUCCCCACGGCCGUCGCUGCUAGCGAUCACCAUGCUCCCGCCCAACCCGCGGGCCAAGAGUACCGCACGCCCCGGGACACCACCCAUCCCACCGCACCCGUCGAUCGUCCAGCGGCGCAUGGAGCUGCUCAGCUCGGACAUGCUGACGCGGGCGCUGACCCUGGUCUCGCGCGGGCAGCACGACCGCGCGCAGCACUUACUCAACGAGACGCGGAGCAUCCUCAAGGGCCUUGGCAAGGGCAGCCUGCCUCCCUUGCCCCCGGGCUCGGCGCGGCCGUCGGGGAACCACCCCCACGGCGGCAGCAGCAGCGCCAGCAACGGUGGCAGUGAUUCCAACCAGAUCGGUACACCAAAUUCCUCAUCACCUCGGUCCGGCAGCUUCGCGGAGAGCAACUCCUCUAUAUCUGCAGCGUCGGAGACCGCGACAAUCACUCCCGUCGCCGCCGUGGACGCGCAGACGAUGAUCGCUCUCGACUCGGACCUCGAGGCGGCACUCGAGUGGAUCAACCACCCGGCCGUGUUCGGGCGUGACUCGCGCAAGGCCGUCCUGCAGGCCAUCGGCGUCAUCUCCUCGCAGCGCGCGUACACCUUCCGCACCCCCUCCGAGGCUCACUGGGCGCAGCGCCUACAGGGUGUCCGUCGCCUGACGGAUCGGUCCAAGGAGUGGCGCGAGACGGGCGACGACGCCUUGACGGAGGAAUAAUACCUUCCUAUACUUCUUCUUAUACUUCUUCUUAUACUUCUUCCUAUACUUGUUCUUUUUUUUUAUCCUUCUUCAUAUUACCCUUCACCCUUACGACUAAUGUGUUGCAGUUCUGGUCAGGGUGACUUUUGCAUGAUACGAUACCACUUUGUCCUGUACAGCAUGAGUUAUGUCUCUGUAUAUUACUUACUCUUCAUCUUGUGGAUAUAAUAGAUGUCUAUAUUAUUUGCUCCUGGCUUCUAGGAUGG